AUGUAUAAGUCGGCUGCAUGUGAAUCACUAGCAGGAAAAGUGGCAUUGGCUAGAUGUUAUAAAAAAGGAACUUGUGUACCUAAAGAUUUGCGCGAGACCUUUUGUCUUUAUUUAGAAGCCGCUAAUAAAGGAUACUUUCCGGCAAUAAUAGCCGUCGAAAAAUGUUAUUCUCGUGGAAUUGGAACAGAAAAGGACAAAACCGAGGCGAAGAAGUGGUCCAUUAAAGCGGCAAGUGAGAACACUGAAAAUAUAUCCAAG